UGGCAACAUUACUUUGUUUAUUUACAUUUCGACGAAUGCGAUUUGUAGUAUUUGAAGCCGACUAAUAUUUAACUAAUGUGUUUCCAUUAUAUUUCAAAGCUCAAGAAAUAUUUUAAAAGCUAAAAACUUAUUAACGAAGUGAACAGAAGCUCUUACCACUGCAUUUGAAUUUAAAUUUUGUGGACAAAAUAUAUCUAAUAUGACAGAAUUCGAAUUAGGCGAAUUAAUAUUAUCAUCCACACCAUUUGCCCAUGUAUUAAGCAAUGAAUUCCGGGGUCAAUAUUGUGAUUACUGUUUUAUAAAAAAAGAUAAUCUUAAGAGAUGCAGCCAGUGUUCAUUUCUAUAUUUCUGUGAUAAAAAUUGCCAGGUUAAAGCUUGGGAGAUGCAUAAAACUGAAUGUAAAUUUAUUAAGAAAGCUGGCGAUAAAAAACCAACUCCUUCUCUGCGUCUGAUUGCACUUAUAAUAUUUAAAAUUAAGAAGUAUGGUACAAAUGAACCAUCCGAAGAUGUAUAUGGGCGAAAAGUAUCGUUUGCAUCACUUAUGUCUCAUGCUGAAGAAAUAAAGCAGGAUUUGAAAAGGUGUCAAAUAAUAAUGGCUAUGCUAAUUACACUUAAAGAAUAUAUUGGAUCUGAUAAUUUACCUCCUCCUGCUGAGUUUACUGAAAUCUUUGGGAAAAUGUGUGUUAAUUCAUUCAGUAUUUGUCAUGAAAUGUCACCUAUUGGUAGUGGCCUUUAUCUAGGAGCUUCAGUCUUUGAUCAUUCAUGUGAUCCGGAAGCAGUGGCCGUCUUUGAUGGCACGACUUUGAAUGUUAGAAUGAUGAAAAAAGUUCCUCAUCGAGACAUUCAAAAGGUUUUUAUUUCAUAUGUUGGAGAAUUGUUGUUAAAAGAAGAAAAGCAAAGGCAACUAAAAGAACAAUAUUACUUUUCCUGUAAGUGUUCUUACUGCAUUUUCUCACAAAAUGAUGACUUGAUGACUAAGCUUUUUGACGAUUCUGUGGAAGUCAAGGAAAAGGCACUGAAAUGUGAAGGAGAUUUGGAGAGCAUAAAACAAAUGUUAAAUGAUCAAAAAGAUCCAGAGCUUAUUAAUGAUGCUUGUAGCAGAUUGUUGGAAGAGGAGAAUGAAGUUCUUGGAGAUACAAACAUUUAUAAGAUUAGAACCCUAGAAAUAGCAUUUGAUACUUGUAUAAAACUACAAGCAUGGGACAAAGCUAUUACUUUGGCUUCUUGUUUGGAAGAACCAUUAAGGUUAUACUUUGGGACUCAUCAUCCUAGUUUAGGAAUUUUCUUAUUCAAAUAUGGAAAAAUUUUACACUUUAAAGAAUUUUCUAAUGUAGCUGUAACUAAACUAUCUGAAGCAGAAAAUGUAUUCAAAAUUACUCAUGGAGAACAUCAUCCACUGACUAAAGAACUCGAAAGCAUUUUACAUGAUGCAAAGCUUUCAUCUGUGUUUAUUGAUUCCAAAAAAGAAUUGAAAUGCAUUAAACUCUAAAUAUUAUAAACUGUAAAUACUUUUUAUACAUCAUUUAUGUAAAUCAUUGUAUUCCGUCAUCUAAAUUAAGAGUGUCGAUAAUUUUACCAUUGUAUGUUUUAUAUAUUAAUUAUUUAUGUCAUCUCUGGGAUAUUCCAUUAAACACUUUUUAAGAAGGAGAUAUUUUAAUAUUGGUUCCUAAAAUUCUGAAACUUUAGUUUUUUGCUCUAAAGAUAUUGUAACAAAUAUAUUUUGAUUUCUUGCUAUUGUUUUCCAAGGUUCCUUAUAAUUUAAUGUAUUAUAUUUUGUAAUACUACUUUAAGUAGAAAGAACUGUUUAAUAAUAAAAGAAUCAUAUUUAGAUUAAAAUUACUACAGUCUCAGUAAAAUUGAUUCAUUGUUCUAUCAUAAUACAGUACAUGGAACCAGAAUGUGCUGCAAUUUUGUUCAAGUUGUUGAUUGGACCACAUUUUUGUUCAAGUUGAAAGCGUAUGGAGUUUCAAUAGAGGCAUUUUGAUGGUAUCCCAUACCCCAGUACUUAACACUGUUUUUUGAAGCUCCGAGGAAAAUAAAAAAGCCAUCGUUUGGGUGCCUUACACUUGAAGCAAUACAAUGAUUUUAAGCUACAUAUAUAAUCUUAUGGUGAAAAAUUAUCUGGGCUUUAGAACUGACAGAUAAUUUGAAUAUUUUAAAGGUUAUUAAACUUUUUUUAAAAAUUGCUAAUUUGGUGACAUUUUUCCACCUAGAUGAAAAAUUAUCAAAACCACUGCCUUAUUUUCAGUGUUUGCAAAUUUUUAUGAGCCCAGGUAAUGCAACAUUAGAGUAUGUUUUUAAAUAUUCAAAAAUUAGACCCCAAAUGCUUUUCAUUUUACAAAACUAUGACUUUUCUCCAUAUUGACGUUUUGCGCCAUUUGCAAAAUAAGCGUAAACAGCGCUGGCUUUAAAUAGGCUAAACUUGACCUAACAGUCAUGAGUAACAGUUGCAAACACUCAGCAGUUAUAAAAAUAGCAUAUUAAUCGCAGAAAAGCAUCAUUUCAUAAUACGUGGAGCCUUUGAGAAACAGCCUAAUAAUUAUAGUUUUUUAAACUGUUUUUCAUUUAUAAAAAGUGAAUAAAACUUAAGUUGUAAGAAAUUUAUUUCAAAAAUGUUAUGUAAUAGAAAAUUGAUUGGCAAAAUUGCCAUAAAGGGCUCUGAAAUCUUAAAAUAUAAUUAGCUUCCUAUAUUUUUUACGCACAUAUAUUUUAUGGUUUUAUUGUUCCAUUAGAAAAAUACUUACAUGGACACGCAUGUGGAGUGUGUCAUAUUCCAAAUUUCAAGAAGGCUUGUGAAAUAUACAAGCUAGUGGUAACUGAGUACCUCUUCUGUUCGUUAAAGUCUAAUAGAGACUUAGAUAAGGAUUUCCCAAUUUUUUUAUUAUUUUUUUUUUUUGUGUUAAUUGCAUUCUAUGAAUCUUCUGCUUUGGUAUGAAGAUUAAAUAUUGUGCUAAUGAUUCAACUUGUUACCUUAUUAAAAUUGCAGAAAAUAGGAAUGAUGAUAUAGUUUAACAUGGCAUGAAAUUUGUAAGUGUGUAGCACGAUUAAAUUCCGCUCUUAGGAUACUAUUUUGUACCAUUUUUAAAAACUUCAGUUCCUAUAAUUCAUUUUAAUCCACUUUUCAUAUGCCUUCCAAUUUAAAACCUUCAUUCUACCCAGUUAAAAAUGAAAUCUAUUUAUGAAAUGGAGAAGUUGCAUCUUUACUUAUAUAAGAUUGCGAAAGGUAAUUUUAUAUGUUUAAAAUGCUAAUUGCUUUUAAGUAAUUAGCUAUCAUCUUUUUAUGUAAGUGUUAACAUGGAUAUUUUAAGCUAGGCAUUUUUAAUCUAUUAUUGCCCACUGUUCUCUUUUAGGUACAGGUAUAAAUCAUAGAAGUUAUUAUUAUUAUUGACAAAAAAAAUAAACUUUCAUUAUUCUAAGAACUCUUUUAAAUGUUAUGAAUUAUGUUGAUUGAAUAAAUUUUUUUUCUGAAUAUUAAUCUACAGUAGUGUUUUGCAAUGUUCAGAAGAAAUUUUUUCAUGUUGUAUUAUUUUUUAUUAAUUGAUUUGUGUUCAAUAAACAUAAUUGUACAAAUGUUUUUGACUUUUUCAUGUGAAACAAAAUGUUUUUUGGCAGGAAUCGUUUUCAAGUUGAUUUUAUAAUGUUUACCGUUCUUAUACAAAAUAUCCUGAGAGGUACAAAGCCUCAAUGCCUUUACUUGCUUAUUGUAGCAUUAUUUUUAUUUUUUUACUUAAAUAAUUUUUUUAAAAAUAUGAGAUUGUGUCAAUUUGAUGCUACUCACUUCUUAAAUAAUUUAUUAAAGAAUCUAAUUAUAAAUUUGGUAACUACUCAUAAACAUCUGCUGUAAAAUUUUAAGUGUAAUGAAAAUGGAUAUUGUGAAAGAAAACUAUGCUGUCAAACCUUGCUAUCUAAAAAUUUUGAGUGAUCAAUGUUGUUUAUGUUUUUUUUUUAACAUAUGAUUCAUAGAAACAUCUAGUAAAAAAAUUUUUAUAAAUUUUACUUACUUGUAGUUUUAUUGAAAUCUACAUAAAUUAUGCAAUCAAAACUGCAUUUUUAGAAUUCAGAACUUUCAAAAAUGUUUUAGAUCACAUUAUUUACACAUGAUGUUAAACAUAAUUAGGUAUAAUUGCUAACACUAAUAUAUAAAACUGAUAUUUUAUGGAUUUAAUAUAUAUCAAAUAUAUGUACGCUCGUUGGCUGAGUGGUAGCGCUUCGCACUGUCGUGCUACAGGUCCCUGGUUCGAUCCUCGGGCCGGGCAAGGUUGACCCAAACUUUCAUUCCUUCCGUGGGUCGAUAAAUGAGUACCAAGCAUGCUUGGGAACUAAACACUGGGGGUUCCACGUUUGGCUGACCACCUGAUCGGAACCUCUGCUCUUGCACCCCAGAGCCCAAGGUCAAGAAAACUGAGAUGGGCACAGUAGGCCUUGGCCCUCUAUGAGCUGUCGCACCACUGAGUUUAGUUUUAAUAUAUGUCAAAAAACUUUCUCUUCUUUAAAAAUUCUUAAUAUUGUGCCAAAAAAAUUUAAUUUACAAUAUCUGUGCUUUAAUUAACUGUUAAAUGUGCUAGCUAAACAAUUGUGCAAAACUUUUAAGUCUUUGUGAAGUGGUAACUUUUUUUCUAAAUAUUUUGCAUAAAUGUUGUGUGCUAACAAUAUAUCUUCUGCAUAAAAUUCAAACAUGCAUAAUUUUAUUAACCUCUUUGGUUUAAAAAUACUGUCAUCAACUCUCUCAAUAGUUAAAAGGUAUUAGAGCUUCAAAAACUGUUUAAAUCAACUUGUAGCAGGACCAACUAAAGUGAUAACACAUAUUCCCAAUGGUGUGUAGAAUAGAACUGUUAUGUUUAACAACAUUUAGGCCACAAUUGAAAUUCAAUUUAGAACAAGCAGGUCUUUUUUUGAU